UGGAAUAAACGUUCGUGAACACGGUUAUGGUUGUAAUCUGAGCGCUAUCAAACGCCAAUCAGAACGUGCGGUAGCGCUGAUAAGCGUUUAAACGAGUUACACCAAUGCACCCGUAGGAUAGCCAAGGAACACUGUUUUUGUUAAAUUUGUUGAUAUUAGCCGACGAUUAUCAUUCCGCGUUUUCAUCCAUUUUAUUCACAAACCACAUAAGUAAAAAGUAAAUAUGGACAAUACUAUAACAUUGUUCUUUAUUUAAACUACAUAAAAAUAAUAACAAUACAAAUUUAUUAAGAAGUACUUGGCGUUAUUAAAGCAAAAGUCUAUACAGAUUAAACAUUCAUUAUAUUGAAUUACGCUGACAUUGAAUUUUGACUUUCAAGAUCUUCUGUUUUAGUAAGUUUAAUUAUUAAAAAACAAACAUUAAUUAGUAAUUAAUCUGACAUAAUAUUUAUUCUUAGUUAAAUUAGUUUAACAAUUAGAAUCAAGUUUAAGAACACGACAAUACGUGAAGUAGAAAGUUGUAUGUUGAACUAGGUAGAUAAAUUGAUUUUAUAAUAAUAAAACUUAUCAAUCCAUCACACUUUUCAUCAUCCUGUGUAUCAGCCAUAUUUGUUGGUUGUCCAUUGAGAGGCAAUUGGAUGUUUAAAAUUGUUUGACGAUUGCUAUUCUGAUAAAUCAAAAAUCAAAUGAGGAACACACAGAUUAUUAUGUACUUCCUAGAUCUACAGCGAAUGGAGUUAUAUUAGUGGUGUACAUAAUGAUUUGUAUAAUAUCAUAAAUUACAGAUUCCCUGUUAAGAACUUGUGCACACAUGAGAAGUCUUCAUAUUUUUUAUUUGUCUGUAAAAUUGAAACACAAUACCUAUAUUAUAAUAAUAAUAGUACAUUUUAUAUUUGACUAUUAUUUUUUUUUUUCAUUUUAUUGUAUUUGGAAAAUUUUAUUUUAAUUUAUGCAACCUGAAAAUGGCUUAGGCUAAAACUAGUCGUUUUCUUAUUUAUUUUAUUUUAGUUUGGCUUUAAAUAUUUAAUUAUUCCAUAAUUUCUCAACAACUUAUAUAAGUAUUUUAAAUUCUCCAAAUCAAUCAAUCUAUUGAUACUUAGAUUUUGAAAUUUAGUAAAUGCGGUAAGAUAUAGAUAAAAUUACUAGUUAUAUGGAUCGGUUGCUUUUUAAAAUCCUAUUUAGAUUUCACUAAUUUGGUUUUGUAAAAUAAAAACAUUUAUAUUAUGUUAAUAAACGAUUUUAAACUCUGAGUAGAGCAAAGAAACUUACAAAGAUGUUUAUUUAUUUUUAUCUAUCUGUGUUUCUUUUCUGAAAGAAAAUGGGCUUGAGGAGAUACUUAAGAGAGGUCACUUUUUGAUUUUUUCAGAAGUUUUCUUAUCAAAUUUGAAAAACCAAAAAAAAAAAAAUUGGAAAAUAUAAGAAAUGUAAAUGUUAGUUAAAAUACAUAAUAAAAUAAUAAAGUAAAAACAAAAUUAUUGAAAUGGUUAAUAUUUGUAAAUAAAUAAAUAAAAUAAAUAUAUAAAAAUAAAAUACAUAAAUGAAUGAAUGCAUCGACUGGUGGUGUAUUAUACGACCGGUUCAAAUUAAUAAUUCAUCAUCAGGUAUAUCACAAUCAAAACGUAAAACGUGACUAAAUAUAAAAAAUUAAAUGAAGGUAUACUUAUAAAAAAAAUUAUACAAAUUAUUUUACAUAGAAUAAAAAAUGAUUUAUUUUAAUAGGAGAAAUUAUUUAAAAUUAGUUAUUAUUAAAUAUAGAUAUGUUAAGAAAUAUAAAAUAUUUGGUUAUUUGCUAUUAUCUAAAAUGUAUUGAUAUAAGAUAUUAUUUUUAAAAUCAGUUUGAACAUUGAAAAUAUUAAUCAAAUUAUUUUCUUUAUUUCAUUGUGUAUGUGUAAUUCUUCUAAAAUUGAAUUAAUGUAAAUGUGAUUUUGGGUAUUUAAUAUUUCUAAGUCGGUAUUAAUAUCAAAACUUAUAUUAUGGUUAAUUUCUAAAACGCAUUUAGUGAAAUUUGAAUUAGAGGCAGUCUUUUUUAAUUUUAUUUUAGAAAUGAGUUCUUUAUAUAUUAUUUCAUAAUGUCUAUUUGUCUUACCUAUAUAAAAUUUAUUACAGUUACAUUUAAGUUUAUAUAUACCAGCAUUUUCAAAAGAAAUGGAAUUUUUUGUGAAGGUUUUUUUAGUUCAAUUGUUUGUAUGUUCAAUUAAAUUAUUAAUUUUAAAAGUGAUAUUCAUAUUAUUUGUAUUAUUGUUCAGAAUUUUAGCGAAUUUGUUAGACAUAUUAUUUUGAUUUUUUAUACUACAAUAGUUUAUAAGAUUAUUUGGAGAGUUGUGUAUUAUUAUUUUUUUAAUAAUAUUUAUAUUGAAAUUAUUCCUAUGGGCUAUGUUAUAGAUAAUUUUGAGCUCAUGUUAAUAAUUAUAUUUAUUUAAUGGAAUAUGUUUAAGUCUAUAGAAUAUUAAAUUAAAAAAUUACAUAGAAUUAUGUGGUAUUAUAGUUUCAUCAAUUUGCGUAGGUUUCCUGUUAAUACUAAAAUUAAAUUUAUUGUUGAAACUGUAUGAUCUAAGAAAUUUAAUUUAUUAUUCAUUUGUAUUUUGAGUGUAAAUUUAAUGUUUUUAUUUAUUUUGUUUAAGUAGUCAACUAAAAUUUCCGCCUGUAUAUUUGAACCUUUAAAUAAAAUGAACGUGUCAUCCACAUAUCUAUAAUAUGCUUUAAUAGAUUGACCAUCUUUUGUUGUUGAUAAUAUUUAUUGGUUUCAUAAUUUUGCAUGUAAAUUUCAGAUAAAAGAGCACUUAACCCUUCAUUGCAUGAUUUUUUUUUUAAAAAUGUUUUAAUGUUUUUGUAUAUAAAUGUAUAUGUAGAAUUCAUAAAAAAAUAAAUUAAUUUUGAUUUCUAAUUAUAGAUUUCAGUAAUUUUUGAUGUAAUGCAUGAGUGCACUUCCAUGCGUCUACUGACAUGGCCUAUUUCUGAUGUUAGAUAACAAUACUCGGACAUACAUUUUAAUUAUAUUUAUUAUAAACAUUUAUUGAAUAUUUUUAUAAUUAAUAAUAAAUUGACAAAAUUAAAUUUUAUGUUUGGUGAAACAAUUUCUUUCUGUGUUACAACACAAAAAUAAAUUACAUUUAGAACAUUUGACAAAUGACUGGUUAUGCAUCCAGUAUGCCUACAUACUCUUCUAUUUUUUUUUUCAAAUUAUGGCCAAUGUUGUAUAUUAUCCGUACAAAAUUCUUCUGGCGGAAUUGCUGCUUUUGGUGUCCUCUUUUUUCUUCUUUGAAUUUUAUCUUGCAUUUGUUCAACCGAUUCCUGUGAUCUUCUAUCUUUCUUUUUUAUAUUCAAAGAAUCUUUGCAAAGUACGACAGAUAAUUGUUCAUGAAACUGCGGCAAUUGAAUUUUUUUUCCCAGUUACUUUCUUAAAUAACAUCCAAGCAUUAACUAUAAACAUGUCCACAAGAUGAUAAAAAAAUUUCAUAUACCAUUUUUUUGAUCUCCUGUUUAUCCUGUACCGCCCAAUCAUCGAAUCCAUAAGAUCAACUCCACCCAUGUGCUUAUUAUAGAAUUAUUUUAGGUCUACUCACAACAACUUUGAGAUUUUUUUUUUUUCUGAGAUAUACCAUAACCGGUAAUGAUGUGUAAUAAUUAUCGAAAAGUGAUUUAUGAUGGGCAUUUACAGGUAUUUUUUUAGUCAUCCUUAUUACUACAUUUCCUGUGGCUCCAAAAUCCGGUUCAUUUGGUAAACGGUUAGUCUCUUUAUUUUCGUUACCAGUAUAAAUUUCGAAAUUGUAUGCAUACCACAGACCUCAAACAGUUUAUAACCCCAGAGGUUUCAAAGGAAGAUACUGUUUUAGGUACGAAAUCGCUUUUGCGGGACAUAAUUGUUGCUCAUCCAAUGAAAUAUUUUCUUCCAUUGGGACAGAACCUAAUUUUUCGUUUAGUAAUAAGAGGUCGAACUUUGAAAAGUCUAUCACGGUCUACAUUAUCUCUAGGCAAAUCAUGAGUAUUAUCAUUGAAAUGUAAGUAAAUAUCGUCUUGUAUUUUCAAAUACAUUUACACCCAUGCAGUUCCUAAUGACGCUAUUCCCAGUAUUUUCAGACCAAUAUGAUUUUGUAUUAGGACCAUGAUCGAUUGACAUCAUAGAAAGAAUACCUACGAAAUGUUUUACAUCACUUUUUGAUAUUUUAUACGCCUUUUCAGCAUUUACUCGAAUGCUGUACAACGUAAAUUGUUCCGCAAUGUGAUGUAACAAAUCAUCGUCUAAAAAUUAAGAAUAAAAUUCUCUAGACGUAGUAAUUUCUGUGAAACAGAACGGCAUUGGUUCUUCCCCAGUAAACUUAAUAAACCCGGGAUUUUGAAUAAAAUUACCUUUCCUCCAAGUUAGAUUCAAUUUUUUUAUUUUUUUCGAAUACUAGACCGGUUUACAGUUCGUACUGGUAUAUUAGAAUUACCAGUACUCCUACGUCUUCUACUAUUUCUCCUAUUAUGCAAUUGGACUUGUUGUGAGGGGGGUGGAAAAGACGGUAAAGUUUCAAAAGCUGCAGGGACUUCGAUAACAAUAGGAAUUUGACUAGUAGAUUGUACAGUUCGUUGAUCAUCACUUUCAACCAAAUGAACGGGAUAAUUUAAAAUAUUAUCUUCUACUAUAUUUUCAAGAAAGCGGCUAUCGUUUAGAAUUAUGUCCUGAGGUUUAAAAUAAAAAUGUAUUAUAACCAAAAUAUACAACCUAAAGAACAUUCAAUCUAUACUAGUAAAAAUAACUAGGUAGGUACCUACCGGUAAUUAAAAAUUUUCGUCGUCACUUAGACCGAUAUCACCGUACUCCUCUUCGCUGUCACUUGGAAUGUUUAAAAUAAGAAUAAUUUUGUCCAGAUUAUUCCCCAAAUUACGAGAAAUAAUGAAAAUCAAAAAAUAAACGAAAAUAAUACAACAUUUAACUAUCGUAACUACGUAGUGACAAUGGGAGUAAUUACACAAUAUCAUAUAAUGUGACUAUUACGUAGUGCGUUUACUGCAUGGAAAUGCAUCUAUGCAUUGUUAGAUAAAACGUGUUUUUAAAUUCCCCACUAUAAACAUAUAAUUGCUAAUUGUCAUAGGCUAAAAACAGACAUGUUUUCCCGUGUGUUGAUAAUUUUUUCGUUAUUAUUUUCGGAAUAGAUAACGUUCGGUUACAUGUCAUACAUACACAGAUGACCGACUUUGCGGAUAACACGACAACACGUAUUCACUUUGUAGAAAACAUAAUAUUAAACUAUUAUCAGCAUAAACCCGGCUAAUAAUACCCAAUCUGUUAUAACUAUGCGAUGCAUCAGUGCCCUUGCAUGCAAUGAAGGGUUAACUACCACCCAUAACUAAUCCAUCUUUUUGCGAUUAUAAUUUAUUAUUAUUAUUAUAUUGGAAAUAGUUCUGAUUAAUAAUUACAUUUAUUCAUUGAAUAAUCUCUUGUAGUACGUUUGUAUUAAAUUUAUUGCAAUGUACAAGUUUAUUUUUUAAAAAAGUUACUGUCUCUUGUUUAGAAAUGGAUGUAUAUGCUUUUUUUAAUGUCAUGAGAAAUCAUUUUGUAACCUGGCACAAUAUUAAUUUUAUUAAUAAAACCAUGUGUUUUUUUUAUAGAAGUAUCAGUAUUCGUGUUGAAUAUUUCUUUUAUGAGAAAGUCUAAAUAAUUAGUAAGGUUAUACGCUGGAGCAGUUUUAAAGUUAAUUAAUGAACAAAUAUGAUUAUCUUGUUUAUGUAAUUUAAUGAAUGCAUGUAAGUGUGGUGCCUCUAUUUUGUAAUCAGAUUUUAAUAAUAUUUUCUUUUGGACUUUAGGUAUGAUUUCUUUUGAAUUUGUUAUCAUUUUAUUAAUUUGUGAAUAUUAUUAUUUAUAAAAUCUAUAGUUUUUUUUAAAGAAUUUCAUUAGUAUAAAUGAUAACAAUAGCAUUAGAUUUAUCUACUGGAACUAUUUCUGAAUUAUUUAUUUUUAAUUUAUUCAUUAUAUUUUGUUGUUUACUUAACUAAGUUUUGUCGUUGAUUUUAUUUUUUUGUUUUCAUUAUAAAAUGACAUACAUUGUUGACAAAUGUCACUAUUAACUAAACUUCGCUCAGAAUCGUGUUUCGUAAGCAAUGGUUUAUUGUUGCUUACACGUACAUUAAAUUAUCUGUGAGUGGUUGCUGCACCCGUUCCUAUUAUCCAAGGACGUCUUUUUUUAAUUUUAUUUAACAAAUCUAUCUAUAUUGAAUUUUUAAUUAUUUAUUAUUGACGAGAAAUUCUCAUUUUCGAUAACAGCCAUUUUGAUUACUGAAUUCAAUGGAUAUAUAUAUGUUUGACAAAAAAAUUAUUUUAUCAGAUUACAUAGAAAUGUUACAAUUAUUUAAUUUAAACUUACUUCGUCUACAUGAUUUUCGUCCAGAUUACCUGCCCCCAUAGUUAUUUUUUUCAUUUAGAAUUUAGAAAUCUAGAUCAGUAAUCUAGAAAUAAUGAUAAUAAAAAGUAUCAAUUCCUUAUAUUUAAUGAUCAAAUACCAAAUUGUAUGAAAAUGUCAUAACUGAGUUUUGAGAAUAAAAAUAGAAAUUCAUAAAACAAAUUAUUAAUUGUAUUAUACUAUAGAAUUUAAUUUAUUUAUAUUUGUCAUAAUGGACAACAUUUAAUAAGUAAAAAAAUUUGCAACAUUAUAUUUUGGUUUUUGUUUGUUACUUUAGUUUUUAAAUAUGGAAAACGAACCUGGAAGCUCAGUUCAAUUUGAUACGACUGCCGAGACAAAGAAUCCCAUAAAUGAUGAUUCUGGAGAAAAACCAUCUACAACUACUACUCAACCAGUUUUUAAAGAUCUUUCUGAUUUUUUGAAGGAUUGUUGUAAAAAUGAUGGUAAACCACAAAACUUUUAUGUAGUUUCAAUAGGUGACUUAUUAAAGGAAGCAGAAAGGAUUAGAAGGGAAAUCUCAGGUCAAUGUAUAGAAAUUAACGAAGAAAUUGCCAAGAUGAAGAAUCUCAUGACUGAUCAUUAUUCUGAAGGAGAAACAUAUACCAGAAGUGUAAAUUACUUUAGCAUGGAACAAUCGUAUUAUUUUGAGGAUACUUAUUGUUGUGAGAAUUUCAAAGAGCGUUUCUUUUCAUAAAUUUCUUUGUUUUUUUUUUUU